AUGGUCGCCUCCAGCGUUUUGGGUUUCCCCCGUAUCGGUGCAAACCGUGAGGUGAAAAAAGCCGUGGAAAGCUACUGGGCUGGCAAAAUCUCUGCCGAAGCCUUAACCAAGGUUGCUGCCGACGUCAAGAAGACUACCUGGACCAGCCUCAAGGCCAGAGGCGUAGAUCUCAUCCCCAGCGGUGAUUUCUCCCUCUAUGAUCACGUCCUCGAUCACUCCGCCGCUUUCAACGCCAUUCCCAAGCGUUACCUCGGCCAUGGCCUCUCCGCGCUCGAUGUAUAUUUCGCCAUGGGCCGCGGUCGUCAGGCGGACGGCGUCGACGUGCCUGCGUCUGAGAUGAAGAAGUGGUUCGACUCCAAUUACCACUUCGUCGUCCCCGAGUUUGCAGAGGACACCGAUUUCAAGCUCAACUUCAACAAGGCCCUCGAGGAGUACAACGAGGCGAAGGCCAUCGGCAUCGUCACCCGCCCCGUCGUCCUUGGGCCCCUCUCCUUCCUUGCCCUCGGUAAGGCUGCCAAGGAGGCGAAGGCCGGUUUCGAGCCCAUCACACUCCUCCCCAGGCUCCUCCCCGUCUACAAGCAGCUUCUUGCUGAUCUCAAGGCGGCCGGCGUGGAGUCCGUCCAGAUCGAUGAACCCGUGUUGGUCCUCGACUCUGCUGCUGGUCUGGAAAAGCGGUUCUCUGCUGCCUACGUGGAACUUGAGCCCGUCUCUCCCAAGAUCGUGCUGACGACGUACUACGGGCGCCUCGACUCCAACCUCACGUUCGUCGCCAAGCUCCCCGUCGCCGGUCUCCACAUCGACCUCGAUCGCGCUCCUGGUCAACUUGACCAGGUGAUCGCAGCUGUUAAGCCCACGAGCAUCGUCCUGUCCCUCGGUGUUGUCUCCGGCCGCAACAUCUGGAAGACCGACCUCCAGGCAGCAAUCAAGCUCGGCCAGAAGACGAUCGAUGCCCUCGGCGCUGACCGCGUCAUCAUCGCAACCUCCUCUUCGCUCCUGCAUACGCCCGUUACGCUUGAUGCUGAGAAUAAGCUCACGCCGGAUCAGAAGGACUGGUUCUCGUUCGCGCUCGAGAAGGCCAGCGAGGUCGCCGUCGUCGCCGCUGUUCUCUCCGGCUCCCAGGACCCCAAGGUAGCCGAGGCCCUCGCGGCGAACACCGCGUCCAUCGCUAAGCGUCGCGAGUUCGAGCGUACAUCGGACGAUGCGGUACGGAAGCGCGUCGCUGCUAUCACCCCUGAUAUGCUGGAGCGCAAGAGUCCCUUUGCUGUCCGCAAGGAGGUGCAGCAGAAGUAUCUCAACCUGCCUAAGUUCCCCACUACUACCAUCGGUUCCUUCCCGCAAACGAAGGAGAUCCGUACCGCUCGUGCGAAGCUCAACAAGAAGGAAAUCACCGUGGAGCAGUACAACGAGUUCAUCAAGAAGGAGAUCGAGAGCGUCGUACGCUUCCAGGAGUCGAUCGGCCUUGACCUCCUUGUCCACGGUGAGCCGGAGCGGAACGACAUGGUGCAGUACUUCGGCGAGCAGCUCGAGGGCUUCGUCUUCACCCAGAAUGGUUGGGUGCAGAGCUACGGCUCUCGCUACGUCCGUCCCCCAAUCGUCGUCUCCGAUGUUCGCCGUUCUGGCCCGAUGACCGUCGCGUGGAGCAGCUACGCGCAGAGCCUCACGACCAAACCCAUGAAGGGUAUGUUGACUGGCCCCGUCACUAUCCUCAACUGGUCCUUCCCCCGUGCGGAUGUCUCCCGUGAGCUCCAGUGCAAGCAGCUUGCGCUUGCCCUCCGCGACGAAGUUGGCGACCUCGAGAAGGCCGGCAUCAAGGCUGUCCAGGUGGACGAGCCCGCUCUUCGUGAGGGCCUGCCUCUCCGUAAGGCCGACUGGGAGCCUUACCUAAACUGGGCGCUGCCGUCAUUUAAGAUCGCGACGGCGGGCGUGUCCGACGCGCUGCAAACGCACUCGCACUUCUGCUACUCCGACUUCGACGACAUCUUCCCGUCGAUCCAGGCGCUCGAUGCGGACGUCAUCUCCAUCGAGGCCUCCAAGAGCGACAUGAAGCUGCUCAACACGUUCAAGCACUACGGGUACUCGAACCAGAUUGGGCCCGGUGUCUACGACAUCCACUCACCGCGUGUCCCCGGCGAGCAGGAGAUCAAGGACCGCAUAGCGUCUAUGCUCCAGAUCCUUCCCGAGUCGCUCCUUUUCGUCAACCCUGACUGUGGUCUGAAGACUCGCGGCUGGAAGGAGACAGAGGCAUCGCUCAAGAAUGUCGUCACUGCCGCCCGCUGGGCGCGCCAGACAUACGCUUAA